UCUGUAUUUUGUUCUGUAUUUUGUCCUAAAACUCGCGAAGAUCAAAUCUUCUAACUUCUUCUCUGUCUUCUCGAGGUUGACCGCUCUCGAUCUGGAUCUGAACCGAGCGAAGGAAUCUGAGCUAUUUGGAUAUGGCUUCUUACAAACCCAAAAACAUCCUCAUCACUGGUGCUGCGGGCUUCAUUGCAUCCCAUGUUUGCAACCGGCUCAUCCGGAACUACCCGGACUACAAGAUUGUUGUCCUUGAUAAGCUUGAUUACUGUUCAAACCUGAAAAAUCUUUUCCCCUCUAGAUCGUCCCCUAACUUCAAGUUUGUCAAGGGGGACAUAGGCAGUGCUGACCUCGUCAACUUCCUCCUCAUUACCGAGUCCAUUGACACAAUAAUGCAUUUUGCGGCCCAGACACAUGUUGACAACUCCUUUGGCAAUAGUUUUGAGUUCACCAAGAAUAACAUCUAUGGCACUCAUGUACUUCUAGAAGCCUGCAAAGUAACAGGCCAGAUCAGGAGGUUCAUCCAUGUAAGUACAGAUGAGGUCUAUGGGGAGACAGAUGAGGAUGCUGUUGUUGGAAACCAUGAGGCUUCUCAGCUCCUCCCGACAAACCCUUACUCUGCCACCAAAGCUGGGGCAGAAAUGCUCGUUAUGGCAUAUGGGAGGUCAUAUGGACUACCUGUCAUAACAACCAGAGGAAACAAUGUAUAUGGGCCAAAUCAGUUUCCUGAAAAGCUAAUUCCUAAAUUCAUCCUCUUGGCGAUGAGUGGGAAACCUCUUCCAAUUCACGGGGAUGGAUCCAAUGUUCGGAGUUACCUCUAUUGUGAGGAUGUUGCCGAGGCUUUUGAAGUUAUUCUCCACAGGGGAGAAGUUGGCCACGUUUAUAAUAUUGGCACUAAGAAGGAAAGACGAGUGAUUGAUGUGGCCAAGGAGAUAUGCAAACUUUUCAACUUAGACCCAGACUCAGUCAUCAAGUUUGUGGAGAACAGGCCUUUUAAUGACCAGAGAUACUUUUUAGAUGAUCAGAAGCUGAAGAUCUUGGGGUGGUCUGAACGUACUGUAUGGGAAGAGGGUCUGAAGAAGACUAUGGAGUGGUACAUUAAUAAUCCUGAUUGGUGGGGCGAUGUAACUGGAGCAUUGCUUCCUCAUCCAAGAAUGCUGAUGAUGCCUGGCAUUGAAAGACAUUUUGAUGGUUCUGAAGAUGGAAAUUCUGCAUCCUCUCAUGCAUCAAGUAAUCCUAGUCAGAGCCGAAUGGUGGUUCCAGUUACAAAGAGCAAUGCCUCUCCUCAAAAAUCAUCUUUGAAGUUCUUGAUUUAUGGUAGGACUGGGUGGAUUGGAGGUCUACUUGGGAAGAUGUGUGAGAAACAGGGCAUAUCCUUCGAGUAUGGAAGGGGGCGUCUGGAGGAACGGUCACUGAUCUUGGCAGAUAUUCAGAAUGUUAAGCCAACUCAUGUUUUUAAUGCUGCCGGAGUGACUGGUAGACCCAAUGUUGAUUGGUGCGAGUCUCACAAAGCUGAGACCAUCCGCACCAAUGUUGCUGGUACAUUGAACCUGGCAGAUUUGUGCAGGGAGCAUGGCCUCCUUAUGAUGAAUUUUGCUACUGGAUGUAUUUUUGAGUAUGAUGAUGCACACCCAUUAGGUUCAGGCAUUGGGUUCAAGGAGGAAGACACUCCCAAUUUCACUGGUUCUUUCUACUCAAAAACCAAGGCCAUGGUUGAAGAGUUGUUGAAAGAAUAUGACAAUGUUUGCACCCUCAGAGUCCGAAUGCCGAUAUCAUCUGAUCUUAGCAACCCACGCAACUUCAUUACAAAGAUCUCUCGCUAUAACAAAGUGGUUAACAUUCCAAACAGCAUGACCAUUUUGGAUGAGCUUAUCCCUAUUUCAAUUGAGAUGGCGAAGCGGGACUGCAGGGGAAUAUGGAACUUCACAAAUCCUGGUGUUGUGAGCCAUAACGAGAUUCUGGAGAUGUACAAGAAUUUUAUUGACCCCAACUUCACCUGGGCUAACUUCACACUGGAAGAACAGGCCAAAGUAAUAGUUGCCCCUCGAAGCAACAAUGAGAUGGAUGCCUCCAAGUUGAAGAAAGAAUUCCCUGAGUUACUAUCAAUCAAGGAGUCACUGAUCAAGUAUGUCUUUGAACCCAACAAGAAAAGCUUUGCUGGAUAAGAUGCAAAUUAGGCACUUGAUGACAUUAGAUUUCAGGAAUGACCCCUGCAAUCUUUGCAUUAGGUAAUGGGGUUUGGAUUACCUUUAUACUGUUAUCAGUUUCGGUUACAAUCCAUCAGUGGAUUCAUCUUAUAUUCCUUAUUCUAGUGAAGAAGUUAGGGUAAUUCCACUAGGGUGUGUUAGUGUCAUUCCUUCUUGUUUAGUUUUGCUUUCUAAUUGUUUGUUUCUAUGAGGAACUAUUGGAUGGAUUCUUUAUAUAUUUUAAGAUCAUUAAAAAGUUCAUAGGAUGUAAUUUUUUUUAUUUUAAAUUUAAAAUCUUUGAUGAA